GCAUUACCGCGGCUAACUUAACUGCCGCUCAAGCCCGAACCCUUUACAGUCCACGAAAAAAAGUUUUUGAUGGCACCGGAGCAACUGCUGGUGAUAACACCAUCAUGGAUGCAUGGUUUAACUUAACCGAUGCAGGAACUGGAGGCAUUACCGCGGCUAACUUAACUGCCGCUCAAGCCCGAACCCUUUACAAUGAUGGAAACAGACAACCUCAAGUAGAAGUAGGUGGAUUUAAAGUGGUUGGCUUUUCCGAAAUUAAUGCCCUAGGAAAUAAAGCAGCCAUUAACUUCGCUUUUGUUGCAAGUUUCAAAGCCGCAGUUCCCGGUGCCUCACUCUCGGAUAUUAUUCCUUAUGGUGGCAAAAAUUUAACCGGUGCCCAAGCCGCGGCUCUUUAUAAUGAGACACCUCGCAUUCCUGCUAGUAUCGUAAAAGAUAAUGGCACGAUUGAUUUCACUGGCGUUGAUGGCACAAGUAAAAAUUAUGAUCUUAAAACCUCUGCCGGAAUUGCCGCUUACCAAGCGGCUAAAAAAGCCAAAGAUGAGGCUGAUGCCGCCGAACGCGAACGCCAAAGAAAAGAGACUUUAAAAACCGCCAAAUCCACUGCUAUUAGCACCUUACAAGACCUCUUAGACGACACUUCCAAUAACCAAACUAAAAUAACUAAUGAGGAAGUCAAAACCCACACCCGAGAAAACAAAGUUAAAGAAGCCAUUGCGGUCAUCAGAAAAGCCAAACAAAUCCCUCCUUUUGUAGCCGCUGAGGCUCGUCAAAAAGCCAUUGAGGCAGUGAAAAAAAAUGAAUUCGAUAACUUAAACGACCAAACUGCCAUCACUAACAAGCAAACCGAAUUGACUGGUAAAAUUGAUACUGAAAAAACCAAAGAACCAAAACAACCAGAACAAAAGCCAUCAUUAACCGAGGAAGAAUCGAUGGAAAUGUUCCAAACCAUCUUUAAGGAAGAUGAUGCCACCCAAAUUGUAAGUUUCAUUACAGAAAAUGUUAAAGGAGGUCAAGAGAAAACUUUUGCUAAAUAUUUAGAGGAAAAAUUAGGUCAAAAACCAACUGGUAAUAAUGAGAUUGAGAAAGUUAAUAACUUCUUAACUAGCGAAAAAGCAGAAAAAGUAAUCAAAGUUAUUUUUAGUUUUAAGGUAGAGAAUGAUGCUAGUUUUAGAAAUCAAACCGAAACGGAAAUGAAUAAUUGGAAAGAAAUGGAUGGUAAGGUUGAAAAAGUGUUAGAUGAGACCGUUUAUCAAAAAAAAGAUGGUAAAUUUACUCCGGAAGCCAUGGCUCGGUUCCUUUAUGAGGAAAAAACUGGCACACCUCACCAAUUUGCGAAAAAAGAGCAAACCACCGGUGAUGCUCCAACUGAAACAAGCCAUUGA